UGUGUAACCCUAGAUUUGAAUACAGAGUUCUCUUGAAAAGCAGGAGUCUUGAAGACUUAAAAGUAUUCUUUUAGACAGUGUUUCUUAUUUCUUUCUAAGUGCUGGUGAUAACGAUGAAGUUCCACAUGCUUCUGCUGGCUUUUGUUGUGGUGAUUGUCACUAACAUCCAUUGUCAAGUCCAGCCUCAGCUGGAAGAUUCAGAUAAAUCUCCAGUGGACAAAGGUCACGUCAUGUCCAAACGGCAGGUCAGGACAUGCAACUGCGGGGGGAGAAGGAAUGCACUGGAGCAGAACUGUCCCUGUGAGCGGCAACGUCAAUACGAAAUCCUCAGCAAAGAGCAGAGAGCUUUUUGCCAAAAGAAGGGGAUUUGGACCUAUAAAAAAUGCCAACAGAUGAUUGGUGGAAACAGGAAGGAGAAGAAAGGCAACAAAGGCUUCAGUAUGCCGAUUUAAUUCUUCUCUCUGACUCUCAUAAUCACUAUACACACAAACUAUAUGCUCCCACAGUACAUACCUAUUUCACAAUAUCUAAAGUAAGUAGUGUAUACUGAACUACCUUUGUAUCUAUAAUAUUCCAAAACAUUUAAUCUUUCCAGUGUUCUAGGUUAAGUUUUUGCAAUCUUUUGGAAAAGAUUUACAUAUCGGAAAAAGAUGUGCAAGUGCAUUUAAAGAAUAAAACAGUUUGCUAAUAAAAA